UUGGAUACAACAGUCAACAGCUUAUUUCGUCAAGGCAGUUUCUGUUUCAGAUUGAAGGGCUGUAGAUGAAAUUUCGUUUUGCUCCGGUUAGCUGAUGAGUUGCGGUGCCUUGUAACUAAAACGUCCCUUCACUUAGCUUCUCCAGUAACCCUGCAUCAUUCAUUGCGCAGCGUGCCGCACAGCCAUGGCCAUUGAGCUCUACACUUUCGAAUGGAGCAUUUCACCGACUCAAGUACAAAUGCUGGCAAGGCAUAUUGGACUCGACAUCAAGCUUCAUGUUCUCAAUAUCGACAAAAGCGAGAGUCAAUCCGAGGAGUACAGAAAGUUGAACCCUCUCGGACUGGUGCCGACAAUUGUGGAAGAAGACUUUGUUCUCACGGAAAGCUCGGCCAUCUGCCACUACCUGCUCAACAAGUACGCUCCAUACUCGGAACUUUAUCCCAAGGAUCUGAGGAGACGAGCACGUGUGGAUGAAAUCGUGGAGAAGAUUGGCAGCUACGUGUACCCUAGGAUUGCUUCCUUUUACGUGCAGAACGCCUGCUUUAAAAAUCUUAAAAAGCCUACAGCUGAACUACUCCAGCAGUUAGAAGAGGAAGUCAUCGUGACACUCGAACGUCUCGUCGGUGAAAGCAAGUUUGCAGUGGGAGUUUCCCUAACGCUGGCUGACCUGUGCCUGGCCGCUCACAUUGCCAGCAUCGUCCCGUGUUACUUUUACAGGAGUGAGAAGUUUCCAAGGCUGACCACCUACUACGAGACUGUCAGAGCGGCGCUGCCGUACUUCGACGAGAUCUGCCAGCCGGGAAUUGACCUUCGCAACAAAAUGUGGGAAAUGGCAAAGUGAAUAAUUGGUUUCGCAACAGUUUGCCGGAGCCUACUAGGAUACAGGAGAAAAAUAUAUGUUUGUAUCGUAGCUGCAUGUGUUCAAGCUGACUUAGGUUGUUUGCCUUAUUGGAAAUAAAGGGCUAUGUGUGCAUA